AUGAAUAACGCUACCGUCUCACAUCGCCAAGACUGGUCGUCGGAUCCAGCUCAAGGAGGAGCUGAUGGAUGUGCCGGUGCUCAGACGGAUGAUCCAUCACAACCUGACAAAGGACCCGUCCAGAUAGUUGACAUCUCGCCACAAAUCUCCAGACUUGGACAAUGGUGUGGUAUUGAAACGAAAUGUGUUGGGUACUGCCUGCACCGUGGAGCUGCAUACGUUCUAGCAAUGAACGCCAGUGAUGACAUGCGCAGAUUCCUCAUGGGCCAUAAGCCAGGCAACAACACUUAUGCCAGGCACUACCAAGCCAAGGUGUCGAAGGUUGACUUCCCACCCAUGUUAUGUUACGUGGUCUUGAUCAGGUCUCUCUCUACCUUCUCGCAGGGAAGCGCUCUACUCAACCGAAGUGACAAUGCCCCUUUAGCACUAUCAUCAAACGGCCUUGCUCGUGUUAUGGCGCUUCCCGACGUCGUCAAGGAAGAUAAAAAGCUUGCCUCUAGCCGUGAGAAGAUACUUCAAGAACAUCCCAGCAUCAACGAAGCUCGACGACAUGCUGGCCUUUUGGCCGGCCAGUACGACGAUACGACAGCUACCAGGCGAUCAUGUAUUGACUAA